AUGCCAUUGACCGCCCUGCUCAAGCAGAUUUCUAGAAAAGAAGUAGUCGAUUCCGAAGCCUCCUUCAAAGCAAGAUGUAGCCUGGUUUGCGGAGACUUAGCGAUCCAUGGCAAACUCUUGGCCCAGCAAGUCAAGACCUUCAGUGACCUUGCAUUUGCUUGUGGGACCCCGCAAGCACCUCCGUCCGAAGAAGACUUCAACCAAUUCUGCGAUAAGAUCCUUGGGUCAGGAGCGUCAGUUGGGGACGCGGCGAAGCUCCGCCGUCUCCACUUUGAAUCAUCCGCAUAUGUCACAGCUAGCUUGAAGGCCCAGGUGAUGGGCGAGACGUCAGAAGCGCCAAAGAAGCUGCCAGUAGCCGAGAAGACGGCUCGCGUUGCCAACCAACGUCAACGCCUCAAAGGCAAGAGGAGCUGGAGCCGGCAUACUGUCUCAUUGACGCUGUGGCACAUCAAGUGGAAGUUAACCAUGUUAGGAGGAAAAGAGAAGAGCAAGGUCCUCACCUUGCACGAGAGCACCGUUACUCUUGCUCCCGUUGCAGAUCAGUUAACGGCAAGCCAUGCUACUUCUCUUGAGAUCCAGUGGUGUUUGCAGCGCAGAGGGCUAGCGUAUGACAUGAAUCAGAUCAUCUCCUGGGAGACUCACGAAUCCUGGGUUUCCUACUUGAUGCAGCACCUCACGCGAGAGGCUCCGCCCAAUUAUGCAAGCGUAGGGAUCAAUCAGAUCCUGAAAGCUGAUUCCGAGCUUUUUCUCUUGAUCGCUAAAGAAAUUACUCAAGUACGAGCUGACUCCACUGGGAAGAUGCCCGUAGAUGAAGCCAUGCAGAAGCUUCGUCACGAUCCGCGUGUAGUGAUGCGCCUGCUUCCUCUCCCCAAGGGUCAGUCCAGCAGUGCGGCUCCUGUUGACGAGACAGAGCCUUCCCGUGGGAGAAAGCGCCAGAGAGAACGUACUGGGUGGGGGUCUUCUAGCUCCUGUGAAGACGGCUAA